UUACUAAGUUUCAGUAAAACCCGACAACUUGUAUAAAGAAGACGCGCGCUUUUAGCAUUAUGCCAAAUAUAAUCAUUAAAAUUGUUUUCGGACAUAUAACAUUAUUGUGACAGUGAGUUAGUGGAUUAAUUAGUUAAUAUUUGUUUAAUUAUAUUUGGCUAUACUGUGAAUUAUAUAUUAUUGCGUCGACCAAGCGGUUUAGCUGUGAAAGCGUGACAGAUAGAUAGAUAGAUUUUCGCUUUUAAUAAUAAUGAUAAAAUAAUACUGAACGACCUAACUCCUGAUUUUUAGGUUCUAAAAUUAUCUAGUUAUAGCAGUGGGACAUGUUGUAGCUACUUUAAAAAAAUAUUUAUAUAACUCUCGUGUGAGUUAGUUAAUCAAAGAAUGAACGAAACACCAAGACACGAACAUCACCUUACACACAACGCAUUUGUAGACAACCCUUUAAAUGGAUUACGUUGUAAGACUCAAAUAGACGUAUAACAACAUUAUCGCCUGUGGAAUAUAAUCCUAUAAUAAUGUUUUGCUCAAAAUGAACAAGAUGGAUUUGAAAGUAGCUCUGAUGCUGGUGUUUUUUUUGAAGAACUCCUACGCAGGGAGAGUGCAAGCUGCCGUCAGUUUCCUAACCAACUCUUCAUACCAAGAAAUAGAGCUCAAAUCUGAAUCCAGCCUAUCGCUCCGAGACAUCUUGCCAGUCAAACAGAAGUACUAUGACAAGAACAGGGCACCGAAGCUGCUGGGGCAAGCCACUGUGGUCUACUUCCACGUUACUGUGCUGUCUUUGGACUCCAUCAACGAGGAGAGCAUGACAUACGUAGCAGACAUCUUUUUGGCGCAAUCCUGGCGCGACCCUCGUCUCCGCUUGCCUGAGAACAUGCACGAGGAAUACCGGAUCUUGGACGUGGAGUGGCUGAACAGCAUCUGGAGGCCUGACUGCUUCUUCAAGAACGCCAAGAAGGUCACCUUCCAUGAGAUGAGCAUCCCUAAUCAUUACCUGUGGCUGUACCAUGAUAAGACGCUGCUUUAUAUGUCCAAGUUAACUCUCGUUUUGUCCUGCGCAAUGAAGUUUGAGUCGUACCCUCACGACACCCAGAGUUGUUCCAUGAUGAUAGAAAGCUUGUCCCAUACAGUCCACGAUCUUGUGUUCAUCUGGAACCUGACGGACCCCCUCGUGGUCAACCCGGACAUCGAACUGCCUCAGCUCGACAUCUCCAAUAACUAUACCUCCGACUGUACCAUUGAGUAUUCUACAGGCAACUUCACCUGCCUAGCCGUGGUGUUCAACUUACGCCGCCGGCUGGGCUACCACCUGUUCCACACUUACAUACCAUCAGCUCUCAUCGUAGUCAUGUCCUGGAUCUCCUUCUGGAUCAAACCUGAAGCUAUCCCGGCCAGGGUCACGCUGGGGGUCACCUCACUGCUUACCUUGGCCACCCAAAACACGCAAUCUCAACAGAGCCUACCACCGGUGUCGUACGUGAAAGCGAUUGACGUCUGGAUGUCUUCGUGUUCGGUGUUCGUGUUCCUAUCGCUGUUCGAGUUCGCCGUGGUCAACAACUACAUGGGCCCGGUCGCGACAAAGGCGAUGAAGGGAUAUUCUGAUGAGGAUCUUAGUAGGGACUUGGAUGCUUUCAAGCACAUAUUCCCAAACACAGUGGAUCCCCGCGCCAGUACUUCAGCCUCCAUACCGCAGUACGAGACUUUCUGCAACGGGAGAGAGACAGCUGUAUACAUAGAUCGGUUCUCUCGCUUCUUCUUCCCUUUCUCUUUCUUUAUCCUUAACGUUGUGUAUUGGAGUACAUUCUUGUAAAUACAAAAAUAAGUAUUCCACAAAAAUUAAAUUUUUGACCCAAGCUUUUGUUAGACAAAUUAUAAAAACCCCGACAUUUUAUAUUAAAUAAAUAAAUGAAUAAAGUGGUUCACCCGUUGAUGAGCUACGGUGCCACGUGCACAGACAUACAGACAGACACACUUAGCGGUCAAACUUAUAACACCCUUAUCUUUUUGCAUCGGGGGUUAAAAAAGAAAAAAAAGACAUCUUGUUGCGCUCAACGCGUUCCAAAUAAGUUCAUGUUCGUGCAGUAAACGGUUAAGGAGUUCCUUCGUUCGGAGCCGAUUCUGGACUAUACAACAAGAGGAAUAAGGAGAAAUGUAACUUGUAAGAUUUGAUUAUAAACAAUAGAUUGAUUGCGUAGGUCUGCAUAGAGAAAGGAAAUUAUCUUUUUUGCCCUUAAAGAUGUGUAUAUCUUGUGAAUGUAAAAAUAAAAAGAUUUGUACGUAUAUGUAAAUUUGUGGUUAAAUGUUAUACAUUUAAGAAUAUACGAUAAGGAUAAAUUUAGGUAGUUAAAUAACUGUUUAUGAGUGUUGUCUACUUAAUAAUGUUUAAAUCCUUUAAUGUUUAAAUCCUUUAAUGUUUAAAUCCUUUAAUGUUUAAAUUAGAUUUGUUGAAUAUAACAAAAAGAACAAAAAAUUGAACUGAAAUCUAUACUGUUAUUUCAAAGAGGUAAGCGUUUGUGAGUUUGUAUGUUUAAGGUGGGGUAAUCUCCGAAACUACCGAACCGAUUUCAAAAAUUCUUUCACCAUUAGAAAGGUACAUUAUCCAAGAUUGCUAUAGGCUAUACUUUAUUUCAAAAUUCCCACGGGAGCGAAGCCCCGGGGUCUAGUCUAAAAUAAAUUAAUAAAAUUAAAGCUAAGUAAUGUAACUUUAUAAGCUCAGAAGGCUGGCAUCAUUGCUACUGUAUGGCUUCUUUGAGCAGCUAUUUAUAGGCGACUAAAGAUAAAAAGUCUUGAUAGAUGACAGGCAACAACAUCAUUCCCAAAGAGUGUUGACGUCUAAAUUGCGGUCAGGUGGUAAAGCCAUAGCUGAAUCUUAAAAAUUUUAAGGUUCAUUUUAUAGGUCUCAGAGACGUCACAGCAGCGAAUGCAAACAUGUUCAAAUGAGAUUAUGUGAUUAAAGGAAAUAAAGUUUUAGGUUAGGUAAUAUAUUUUUAUUGACCAGAGAGUAAGUAUAUAUGAUAUAUACUUACCAUAAAGAAGUAGAAGCCAUAAUAAUAAAGAAGUGUUAACAAUAAUAUCAUUGUAUUAAAUGUGGCAUUGGCAAAAGAUCUUAAUAAAAUUUUAAGUUUCGCCCAAUUCAAUAGUUAAUUUUAGUUUGUAAAAGUUUAUUGUGUUCCAAUAAUAUAAUUUAUAUUUAAUAAACGCUCAGGUAAUUAAUUAAAUAACUUUUUUUUGUU